AGAGAUGACUGAAAACGACAGACACAGCUUGCAGGUGAUAACAUGGGCGCUGUUUACCCUCGUCACGUUACCGAUCGAAACCUUGGUUGACUUCGACUCCUGUCCCACUGUUUGUGAUUGCUCAGAACGGAAGACCUACACAAUCUCCUGCUUUGACAUUGAUGUCAUUCCCACAUUUCCUGCAAGCACAGAUACCCUAUGGCUUCUGGAGACGCGUCUGAAAUCAGUGCCAGGAGAUGUCUUCUCCAACCUGGUAAACAUAUCAAGGAUAUAUAUAUCAGUGGAUCUGACGCUGAAGAGGCUGGAGAGGCAUUCAUUCUAUAACCUGAAGAAAAUCACCCACAUAGAGAUCCGGAAUGCGAGGAGUCUGUCAUACAUAGACCCAGAAGCAUUUAAAAACCUUCCAAACCUGAAAUACCUGGGUAUUUUCAAUACUGGCCUCACCAUCUUUCCUGAUCUCACCAACAUUCACUCAGAUGACAUGAACUUCAUACUUGAGAUCACUGAUCAUCCUUACAUCUCUGAGGUCCCAGCCAACUCAUUCCGCGGUAUUACCAACCAAGUGCUGACAGUGAUGUUGUACAGUAACGGCUUCACAGACAUCCAACAUCAUGCUUUCAACGGGACCAAACUGGAUGCUGUGUACCUCCAUAGAAACAGGCGUCUGACCAGGAUGGAUGAAAGGAUGUUUUCUGGCACUGUCAGUGGCCCAAUGCUUCUUGACGUGUCCCUGACGGCCGUGUCGUCCCUCCCCACGGCAGGGCUGGAGUCUCUCAGGGAGCUGAUGGCCCGCAGCGCCUGGAACCUCAAGAAGCUUCCGCCAAUCAAAACCUUCAAACACCUGACCACCGCUGACCUCACCUACCCCUCUCACUGCUGCGGCUUCAAGAACCUCAAGAAGAAACGAGGAUACCUGGAGUACAUCAUCUGUAACCUGACAGCAUUCUACGACCAGCAGCAGAAGAGGUCCAUAGGUCCUCUCACAGUCCCAUCCCUUCAGGGAGAGCCCACUGCAGACACAGCCGACCAGGAGCCCAGUGAGGGGGGCUUCAGAGAUACCCAGGGAGACCCCUGGAAAGACUUCCACAGCAGCCUCAACUACCACGCCUACUUCGGUGGGCAGCCGGACGAUGACGUGGGCUUCGGGGAGACGCUGAAGAACCCGCAGGAGGACACCAGCCAGGACUUUGACAAUCGCUAUGACUACGUGGUCUGUGAGGAGGGCGAGGAGGUGACCUGCGCCCCUGCACCCGACGAUUUCAACCCGUGCGAGGACAUCAUGGGCUUCAGCUUCCUGCGUGUGUCUGUGUGGUUUGUGUCUCUGCUGGCUGUAGUAGGUAACAUGGUGGUGCUACUGGUCCUCCUCACCUCCCACUACAAGCUCUCCGUCUCACGCUUCCUCAUGUGUCACCUGGCCUUCGCUGACCUCUGCAUGGGGAUAUAUCUCCUCCUCAUCGCCUCAGUGGACCUUCACACCCAGGCGGAGUACUACAACCACGCCAUCGACUGGCAGACGGGGCCGGGCUGCGGGUUGGCGGGGUUCUUCACGGUGUUCGCCAGCGAGCUGUCGGUGUAUACGCUGACGGUGAUUACACUAGAGAGGUGGUACGCAAUAACGUUCGCCAUGAGGCUGGACAGGAAGUUGCGUCUGCCACACGCCACUGCUGUGAUGCUGGCUGGAUGGUUGUUCUGCCUCCUCCUAGCGAUGCUCCCCCUAGUGGGUGUUAGCAGCUACCAGAAGGUCAGUAUCUGCCUGCCCAUGGAUACCCAGUCCACCAUGGCCCAGGUCUACAUUGUCUCAGUCUUGAUCCUAAACAUCCUGGCAUUCCUGGUGAUCUGUACCUGUUACAUGAAGAUCUACUACGCCGUGCACAACCCUUACUACUGCUCAGGGUCUAAAGACACCAACAUUGCCAAACGCAUGGCCAUCCUCAUCUUCACUGACUUCCUGUGUAUGGCGCCCAUCUCGUUUUACGCCAUGUCGGCCGUUGUUGACCGGCCGCUUAUCACCGUGUCCAACUCUAAGAUCCUACUGGUGCUCUUCUACCCUCUCAACUCCUGUGCCAACCCCUUCCUGUACGCCAUCUUCACCAAGGCUUUUAGGGGGGAUGUCUUUAUCCUGCUCAGUAAGGUGGGGCUGUGCCAGCGUCGGGCGCAGCUCUUCAGAGGGCAAGCAGUCAGUUCGAAGGGUAGCAGUAGGGUGUGCCAGGGGGGUAAAAAGAGAGACACUGACAGGAAGAGGACAGGAGGACCAGAGGAGGUACCCAUUCACCUGCAGGAGUAUUCUGGGUCUGGUCACACAUACAUUCAGCCGGCCUCACAACAGCCCAGUCCUGAGGAAAGCCAUAGCCUGGAAACGUGAGCCCUAACUCAGCCGGGGGGAUCAGAGAGGACCACGGUGGUCCCAGUGGCGGUUUGAUUGGUUAGGGGAGAGGAGCCACAGUGUUGCAGCUGGAUGUUAGAAGUGAACUGUUGGGAUACUUUACAGCAAUCUAGUAUUUUCUCUGCACUUUUACACGUGUUUGAAUGUUUUCAUCAUUUCGGCUGUGAUAUUGUUUUUGCAAUUAA